GAUUUUGGAGGAUAUUAGUGGCGCCCAAACUGAGUCUUGACAUUAAUCUUAGGUUACUAGUGUGAGCGAUGUAAAUAGAAUAGGAUUGUAGAUUGAAAUCCAAAGUAUGUUCACAAUUCAUAAACUUAAACGCCAACUAAAACAGCCUUGAAUCGGUCGCAAUGUGGUAGUUACACUCGUUAUUCGUUUUCCAGUGCAUAUUGAAUCAGAUUGCAGCGUAGUCGUUAUUCCUCGUUUCUUCCGCUUUUUCCAACCAUGUCCAUAUUUAGCCUUAAAUUAUUUUUUAUAUUGCUUUCUGUCCUCUUGUUAAUUCUCGGUAGGUGCACUUAAUCGUAGGGUAGGGACUUUGGCGGAUACAUAUAUGUAUAUCAAGUAUAUAUAUACUUGUCUCAGAUCUUACGUUUUGGAUGACUGACUGAUUGAAAAUCCUUGUUAAAGAGUAAGAGGCCUUCAUUUGUGGUAGCUUUAAGUCAUUACAGUCAUAUACCAUCACCAUUAGCAUUAAUUCUAGAUUAAAAUGAAUUAAAGCUAACUUUACUGGCUUAGUUAAAGUCGUUUUUAAUCUUGAUUUGUAUGUAAUAUGGUACUACCAUAGACAGACACCAUCAGCGUAGAGCCUGGCACGUAUAUAUCUUGGCUAAAGUCAUACUACAUUAGCACGGCGUGAUGGGAGUAACUGAGAUCGGAAUAGUGUAGCAGCAAUGAUAAGAAGACUACAAAGUGUAUCCUCAAAAUUUUUUAGGAGCUCAUGUCUUUUUAUCUGACCACCUGAACGUAGUCUGGUUUUGUUUUACAUAUUAGUGUGCUUUAAAUUGUCUAUUGUUUGCCAAAGUUGUUAUCAUCUUCUCUUCCCAUAAAGUAACUAGACGUCUUAAGAGCCACCCAUUCAAGCGUUUUAUUCUGUCAAAGUUUAUCCCAUUUUAUCACACGACUAGUGAGUAUUACUCAGUUAUAUCGAGCUGCAAACUCUAUGCAGUAUCAGCGAUAUGUACAUACAGAUUUUUAAGCAAUAAGUCUGCUGUUCAUAUUUCGAAUGACACCUGCCAUUUUUUAAAUUUGUGUGCUUAAUGAGAAAUGUAUACUCUUGUGUAAUUUCAUCUGUUUUUAGUAUCCAGAAGUACUUCAUUUUUACUAUCACAUUUCUAUCUCCAAGUUAUGUUUAGGUUCAAUCGAAAUGAAAAUAGAGUGCCCAACCUACAUUGUGUGCAACCAUCAAAGGUAUUGGUUACAAAAUGGUCUUGGCAAGCAGUUCCCAUGUGGGCUAACUUCCCUGUGCAACAUGACGGUCAAACAAUUAAUCUCAUGGGGAAUAAGAGCAAAGUAGAAUCACUUACUGUUUGUGAUAUUACAGAUGCUUCGAUUUCGAAACAAAAUUCUUCCGAUGAACCAUCCAGUUCCUUUGUUACUCCACAUUCAAGUGCUCCUCCAUUGUCUACUGUUGUUCAGCCUGAGGAUGAAAUAAGACUAGUUGAGUUUCUUAAAGUUCAUGGAUUUCGGUGGUAUCAAGUUGUGAUAUUUCUCAUUUCUAUAAUCAGUUACCUCGCAGACAUUGCAUCCGAUGCAUACUUGGUUUAUACGUAUUAUAUUCAGGAAGAUUACUACUGGUCAAGUUUAACAAUGAUUUUCAUGGUCGUUCCCGCUCUCUUGAUGUCCAGUUUCAGUCUUGCGUGGUAUUUCAUUGACUAUAAAGUUCGAGUUGAUCCUCCGCGCAGCUAUCGAGCAUGGACGUUUAGACUAUUGUUUCAUGGACUCCAGUUGGCCCCACUAGUGAGGGCAGCUGAUGCUAUCUACUACGGUAUAGCAAGUCGACAACCCGGGUUAAGUCUUCGUGUAGCUGCACAAUAUACGCAGUUGAUGCUUUAUGAAGAUGCUGAUUGUGCUAUGCUUCGUUUGAUUGAAUGUUUCACUGAAUCCGCUCCACAACUUCUGUUACAGUUGUACAUUAUUUUAACGCAACCAUAUCCUGCACCUAAAUUUCAAAUGACUGCACAAUUUGUUUCAUGUGUGUUUUCAUGGCUUUCAUUGGCGUGGUCGUUAACCUACUACCAAACUGCUCUACGUAGUUCACGUAUUGAAAAAGGAAAUAUCCAGACCUUAGGUAUUAUAUUCUUCUUUUUCUGGAAGGCUGGAGUGCUAGCAUCACGAUUACUGGCUCUAGGUAUACUUGCCUCUGUUGUCAAGGGAUUUUGGUUUGUAGUAGCGCUCGGUGUUCAUUGGUUGUUGGCUUCUGGUUGGUUAAUCACUCGCGGGACGACGUUUUGUUCACCUAAUUCACGAGCGUUAGGAGAACUAACCUUUGAUUUUGUAUUAGGUGCAGUUUAUUGUUUUGAUGUGGUCAAUAUUCGUGAAGGACGAAGUCGAAUGUGGUAUGGAUCAUGUUACUUAAUAUUUGGCAUUGAAAACUCGGUAUUUGCGUCAUUAUGGUGGGUAACACAUUCACUUAUUAAUGCAAGUCUUCCAAAAAGUGUGUUCAAAAAUCAACCAUCCACGUGGAACACCGUUUUACCUCCAUACACUCUUCUUAUUAUUGUGAUAUGCAGUUUUUGUAUGGGCAUAGUGAUGAUGAUCGUUUAUUACAUUACGUUUCAUCCAUCGGGAAAGAUUGAAUUAUGCAUUCCGUGUGAUGAACUGAUAAUAACUUCAGAACCGCAAGAUUCAUUAACCGUCGAUCCAAAUAUUCAACUGUCAGAGAAAACUAUCCAGUUAUCAGUGAAAUCAUAAAACGGACAGUUUAACAAUUUGCAAGAACCAUUAACAUUCAUCAAUUUCAACACACAACAAUCACUUCCGUCUGCUGGCGAAAAAUGAAGUCAAAGAAUUAAAACAACAGGCUUGAUGCCAUCAAUAGAUUGGCAACGAAAAUUUUUAUAUAAUAGAAAUAUUAGUUUGUAUGUAUGACAAAACAGUUGUUCAUCAAUUCGAGAUUUUAUUUUAAUGAAAAUCAAUAAAGCAUGUCAG